UGAAAAUCCUAAGGGACCAGCUGUGGGAUGCCUCUUUCUGCCAGGUUAUUGAGUCAGUACCAGAGCCAAACCAGUACCAGAGCCAAAACCAGCACCAAAGCCGAAGCCAGCACCAAAGCAAAAGCCUGUCCCACGGCUUCAGCUCCAACUCGCACGGUUUCUCCCAGGUUGGAUGUGAAGGGAGACAGCUGGACAGUUGUUGGACAAGGCAGGAAGAUGACUCAACAAGCAGACAUUGAAGAUUCCUAUGCUGCAGCUAACAUAAAGGGGGACUGUGUUCUGAAAGAAUGCUCCGUUUUGUUAAAUCCUGUGUGGUUUAGCCAGGAACUUUUGGAUGUGUUGGGUGACGGCAGUAUUUACCUUCCUCCUGCACUGAUCAAAGCCAUUCCAAAGGGCCAGAAGAAGACAACCACAAAACUUCGGCAGAGACCAAAUGAAUGCAAGAAACGAAAACUCUACCAGCAGGAGGAGGCAACACUGUUGGUGGACUCUGUCAGCCCAUCACCUCCGGUGAAAGAAGUCGUCAACCCUCAUUCUUCUGAUCCAUCAUUGAAGGACACCAGGAAGGACCAUGCCGUAAAGCUUCAAGAAAGAACCCCAGUGUCACAGAGGACAGAGGAUGUUCAUCAGUUAAUAAGCUCUAUGAGCUCAAUAGCAGAACACUGUUUGCCCUCCCUACUGCGCACACUGUUUGACUGGUACCGGCGGCAGAGUGGCACUGAAGACGAGUCUUACGAGUACAGGCCUCGCUCUAGUACUAAGUCCAAAGGGUGA